AUGCCACGGAAAGGAAGACUAAAAAAAAGGAAAGAACAGGAGCUUAGCUCGGCAGCAGCAAAGUGCGUCAAGCUGUCCAAAUUCUUCGGCUCCAAGCCCGAGUCAUCAGGAAAUGAUGCUGAUGCUGAUUCAGUACCUUCCUUGGAACCUCUGCCUGAGUCUACUACUGUUGUGUCUUCCAAUGUGGACCAGGGUCCAAGUACUAGUAAAGCUGGAAAUCCCGAAGAAAGUGUAGUUAACAUCACUAAAGCACCGAAGUACAAGUGUAAGGUGACAACAAUACUUUCCUGGAAAACGGACUGGGAUUGGAUAGGAUUCCAGGAAAAAGACGGUGUAGAAAAAAAACAUGGAGUCAACCUUGGUAACACUUAUGCCAAUGACAAGGCAUGCCGAACCUUUGUUGAUGAAAUUGGUGAAACGAUGGCAGACGACUUGAAGCAUCUGUUUUCCAUGGAACCCUUCUACUGUUCAAUCCUGUUUGAUGGCAGCACUGACAAGAGCCUCUCGGAAAAAGAAGUAAUUAGUGUUAAGUUGCUUGAGGACGGACUGCCUAGGUUCAAACUUCUUGGAAUUACAGAACCUGGUCAAUGUACUGCUGAGGGCAUAUACAAUGCAAUUACUGCAAAGACUCGAGAAAUGCAGCUUGACAUCAAGACAUGCUGUGUUGCAACAGCAGCUGAUGGAGCUUCAGUUAAUUUUGGGAAAGAAUCUGGUGUACUGGUUCGACUGAAGAAAACAAUGCCAUGGCUUAUAAUGAUACACUGCAUUGCACAUCGUCUUGAGUUGGCCCUGAAAGAUUCAUUCAAGGGUUCAUUUUAUGAACUUGAGAUAGAUAAUCUGAUGAUGCAUCUAUAUUAUAUGUACCGGCGAUCUGUCAAGAAAUGGCACGAGCUUCAGAGAACAGCUGAGACAUUUGGUGAACAUGUAGUGAAACCAUCACGAUCUCAGGGCACCAGAUGGAUAGAUCAUCGCAGAAAGGCAUUAACAGCCCUGAUCCAGGAUUACCGCUGCAUUGUAACACAACUCCAAGAGCAAGGAUCCGAAUUGCGAAAAGACAUCCCAGCAGGAGACCGUGCAAAAAUGAGAGGAUAUUCCAAACUCAUGACCUCACACCGCUUCGUACUAUACUUAGCUUCCUACCAGGAUCUUGUGGAAGACCUGGCAGAAUUGUCGCUCUCACUCCAAGAUGACAAUCUUCCAAUUUCUGGUGUACGAGCAAACAUUGAUCUUGCGCAGGCUAACCUCAUUUCAAUGGUCAAUAAUCCAGGGAGAAAUCUACGUAGAGUCCUACUUGAGACCACAGCUGCUGAAAAUGAUGGCGUUGUAAGAUUUAAAGGUAUCGAGUUGGUGACAUCUCCUUCUGAAGUGGACACGUUCAACAGAAAGUCGAAAGAGAUAAUAGAAAGGAUCACCAUUUGCAUCUCUAGCAGAUUCCGAAUUUUUGUUGAUGACCCAGUGCUUUCAGCAGCUGAUAUUUUAGACCCAACAAACUACCCAACAGAUCAUCAAGCUCUUGCUGUUUAUGGACAAAAGGAAAUUACAACCCUCACAGAUCAUUUCAAUGCACUUCUAGUGAAAAAGGGCUGCCAGGUAGAUGAGAUAGAAUGGGAGUGGGCCAAGCUGAAAUAUGAUAUAUCUCGAAAUCACAGACAGGAGGCAUUCUAUCUGUUAUGGCAAAAGAUGCUUACCCAGAAGGAGGACCGGUACAGCAACGUACUCCACCUUGUACGAAUUCUACUGGUCUGCCCUAUUGCCACUGCGCAUGUCGAGCGUCAGUUCUCAUACAUAAAGAGAAUUCUGGGAGACUGGCGUCUCAACCUGGGCCUGAGUACCAUCCAGCAUUUACUCCGAAUAUGUUCUGAGGGACCCGAGCCUGAAAAUUUCCAGCCAGCGCCUGCAGUCAAUCGAUGGAGGUCUUCCUGUGUUAAAUCCAGGAGGCCUGAAAUCAUGCCUUAUGGCCCGAGAAAGAAGGCAGAAUCCAUUGCUGCUACUCCUACAGAUUAUGAGCAAGUGGACAGUGAUACUGACACAGACUAG